AUGUCACCAAAGAGCCAGCAAAAGGCCCCUCGGUCGCGGUCACAUACGCCCUCCAGAAGCCAACGUGCUCAUAGCAGCAACCGUUCUUCAGCCUCCAUCCAGAAAACAGAAAUCCUCAUUAACGUCUACGACCUUCUACCCCCAGGCACAAUCGCAUCCGCUCUCUGGUUCAUCGGCAGCUCCCUCCUCCACACUGGUGUCGUCAUAAAGUGCUUGGAUAGAGAAUACGCAUUCGGUGGCCAUGACCGGCCAGGGAUGUCGGGAGUAUACUGGACAAAGCCACACACGGAGCCACCUGGAGGUACAUUCCGUUGCGAACUGCUACAAGGCUUCACCUUCCGCUCCGAGCAUGAAAUCGAGAACUUGAUCAAAAAAGUCUCCCAAGAGUUCCAAGGAACGUCCUACAACCUCCUAUCCAAUAACUGCAAUCACUUCACCAGUCAUCUCUGCGAAAAACUGAUUAACAAACCCGCCCCAGCGUGGUUGAACAGAGCGGCCAGCAUAGGCGUUGCGCUUCCCUGCGUCGUGCCGCGAGAAUGGAUAGCUCCGCCGGAUCAUGAUACCGCUGAUGGGGAGCUAUUGGAAGAGGAUGAUGAAGAUGAGCGGACCUCGAUGUUACGGCGACAGUAUCAUCGGGGAUCUAGUUUUAAUGGCAGUACUGCUGGCAGUGCGAUUGCCAGUACGAUGGGCAGUGAGGAGGAGGAGUGGGAUAGCGAUAGAGAUCGAAGGAAAGGCGGAAGUGGGAAGGGGAAGAGCGCUGUAAGAGAUACGGAUGAUAGAAUAAUGCCUGCGAGCGAGAGAGCGCCGCCGCUAAAGGGGCGUUGA